AACAGUGCUUGUCUGAAUAAGGUUGGAAAAGCAGUGACAAUGUAUAUAUUGUCAAUAAAGCCUACAUUUAGAGACACAAAUACUAACUAAUCAGACUAAAUAAAUCAGUAGACCCAGGUUUUAUCUUCACAGAUAACCCUCAUUAAUCCAGUGAGCUUUUUCUGAAGACAAAAGAAGAAAUGAAUCGCUUCAUUUGUGUUGCUUGAAUGGAAUGCUAAUGAUGGGAGGUGAAAAUACAUUAAUUAUUCAUGCCUGUCAGGACUGAGAAGGCAGAUCCUGGCUUUUCCUGUUACCAUUGCAACAAGUGGCCGCUGGCCUAGUCAGAGCAAGGCCAUAAAACAUUUCAGUUGAAACAGACUAGAGAUCCCAAGUAUGCCUUCUGGAGAAAGGAAACCCAUGUUUCUGAACUGUACAGAACACAUUCAGAUGGAUUUAAAAGCUAAACCUUAUGCAAAAUGGACACAGGAAACCAAGCCUUUUGUGUCUCAAAUUUACUUUACCAUAAACAACUCUUCUUUGGAGAAAGAAUGUUGCUUUGGAAUCAGAGAAAAACAGUCUGGUGCUAAGGAUCCAAAAGAACUCAAAAGCCAUCAGCACGACAAUGCUGCAAAGAGAGAUUCAGACUCCACUAAGGAGUCUCUGGCAUCACAAAACACAAAAAUGAUUUCAUCCAUAGUCAUUUCACAGUUGAUUGAUGAGACUAAAUCAAAAGAAAAUGGGUCUGCUUUGCCGAUGCAGUCUGUGAUCACUCAGCCUAAUGCGUAUCAUACGAAGCAAUCUCUGGCUAAUCAUAGUUCAGUCAACAUUAAUAGAGCAUUCAUGUUACUUUCCAGCAGAUUAGGAAUUCAGGCAUCUUUCGAUGACAACGUAUCUAGAACAAACUCUCAUAAAAAAGGAUUCGCAUCCAUAACAAUUACCGCUAGACGGGUUGUUCCACCUUUUAACAACCCAGUGCAGGUAGCUGUUACUGAUUCUCUGUGUUUGAAAUGCUGCGGAGGUGAUGUACUAAUGAACACUACUGCUGCUUCAAACAAUGCAGGACGAGCUCAGCACUGCAAACCUUUGAAUAAUCAAGAAUCUUAUAUAAACCGAUAUGCCAUCAGAUUAAAGGUUUCUGAAUCUUAUUCACAAGUAUGUGAAGGGCACGGAGACUGGAUUUUUAACAUUGAAAACAAAGAAAACAGAAUAUUUCCUCCAGGCAGCAAUCACAGGAAAAAAGCACCAGUUUCAUUCACUUCAUCUGUUCACUUCAAAAUUUCCCAGGAUUGUCCAAAUACCAUCUAUUACUUCAACAAGUCACUUUCUGUCUGUCUUGACCAACUUCAAAUUAAAAGUCAAAAAAUUCAUAGAUCAAUAUUGUCCUUCAAUAUAAAUUGCAGUUCACUCAGAUUAACACCAGAUGGAGCAGAUGGCAUAGCUAAUGGAGAGUCAAUAGCAGAGAUACUUAAAACAAAGCUCCCAGAAGAAAACAAGACUCCACUCAGAGCAAAUUCAAAUGCAGAUUUAAAAGAAAAUAAUGUAGAUAAAAAACAGACAGCAGAAAAGGAAUAUUUGGGUACUCCAUGCUCUUGGAAAGGUACAUCUCCCUCUGAAUGUCCAGCAUUUGUGGAUACACCCAAAGGAAUUAAUACUUUAAUAGUCACAAAGCAAAAAGAAGAUAAUUCUGAUAAACACUUUACUCGUAAUGACAUCAAAUUGUCCAUUCAAGUUCCUAAGUGGAGUUAUGAGGCAGGAAUGCAAACUUUUUCUGGAAGCCACAGGAGGCAAUACACUAAAGACAAGUACAAUGCAACUGCUCCUGCUUCCCUUAUGGAGCGAGCUCCCAAAGAUGAAUUCAGGGCUGAUGUUGGUGGCUCUUUGAAAGACAGAGAUCCAUCCAAAGGCACUUCAAAGUCCAAAGAGAGUCGAGCACAAAGCUUUCUGAAACCAAAAAUCUCUGUGUUUGAUUGUGUAUGUGAUAUAAAGGCCUUAUCAAAAACUGCACUGGAAGAAAAUGAUGUCCACAUGAAAAAUCAGUUCCCAAAAGGUGAUUACAAAUUCUGUGGUUCAGUUGACAAAAUAAAGGGUUGUAAGAAGAGUGACAAACAAGAGACGGCCAGCAGGGUAACAACCUCCGCAGCUCACUCACCAGAUGUUAUUCAUGAGAAACGAGAAGCAUUCUCACAGCCAAAAAUCUAUGCUGAGCCUGAGAAAAUUCCAUCCAGCCUACUGUCUCUAAGGGAGGCUCUGGAAGUCCAUAAACCUCAGUUUAUUUCUCAUUCACAAGAACGGUUGAAAAAACUUGAACACAUGGCACAACUGAGGAAAACCCAGCAGAGUGACACUCCAGAAAAGCAAGAAGGAGUUCUUCUUCCUCGCAAACUUUCCUCAGCAUCCAUUUGUAACAAAAAGAAGCAAUAUACCAUUCCUCACCCUCUCAGCGUUAUAGUUGGACCAGUAUGUUGGCAGCAGUGCUCUGCGCUGGGCCAGCAGAGACUCAGAUAUGUAACCUCCAGUCCUCUGCUCCCCAGCUACUGAAUACCAAACUCAUUCCAGGAAUGACAUGCUUGAUACUCAAAUGGUGUGACAGGGAGGAAAUUAGACGUUUUCUCUCAAUUGCUUAUGAAUGAGAGGCCUUGGAAGAGAUGGCAAGUUCUGGUUCUCCAACAAGAGGCAAAAUCCUGCACUGAGAAUUAGCAGGAAGUUUAAUUCAAGUUUUGAUGGAGUAGUGGGGAGAUGAAAAUCCCAGAAAGAUAGUUGCAAGGUGCUCACUCGUUCAGUCCCAGAUUGGCAGAAGCCUUAGGGGGAUUUGACUUUCAUCUGAACACAGCUACCACUAAAGUUUUCACCUUUCAGGCCAAGCAGAAAUUAGUAGAUUUCCAUGGCUCAGCUUUCUCUCCUCUUCCCCCGCCGUCUCUUGGUAGUUGGAGUAUUGAACCUGUUCUCAGACUCCUGAUGCCUUAGUUGCACAACAAUAAAGCUUUAAAACAAAAUCUAGGGUGUUCUGUAGUUUUCAAGGUUACAGCCAUUCUAUCCUCAACCUCAAGUGACAUUGUUAGUGCUAAUGCAUUUUGGAUCAUUGCUUUGGGGAAUCCUAAUUCCUGGUGCUAUUUGAUGUAUAGUAUAAUACAGUCCAUUCUACCUUGGCUGUAAAACUGGUAUAUAGAUUAUUGCUUCACAGUUCAAUAGGUGUAAAAACAAAAGCCAAAGCAUACUUUAAAAAGGUGAAUAAAAUUAAUUCCCCCAUCCAAUUAAUCAGGUUCAUGUAUUUACUUGUUGCGAAAUCCUGACCCCACUGAAGUCAAUGACAAAACUCCCAGAAGUUCACCCUUGGAGAUUGUGAUGCCAUAAACCUACUGGUUUCCCAGUGCAAGGAAGGCAGGAAGGCAAGACCUGGAUUUGUAAUGUAAAAAACAAGAAUGAAUUACAUGGUUGUGGCUGUAUGGGUUUUUGUUUGGAUGGUUGUAUUUGUUUGGGGAGGCAGUAUUGGAUGAUAUUGGAGGGGAACAUAGGAUGAGGGAUAUCAGGUUUUUGUCAUACAUCUUGGAGAAGAAGCAAAAAAAAAAAAAAGACACAACUCAAUGUUUUCCCUUUUUUAGGUCAUGUUAAAAGCCCCCAAGUCCAACUAUACAAAGAUUUUCUGAAAUAAAAAUGAAAAAUUUAACCUCUUUCUCCUUGAAUGAUUAUUAAAUAUUAAUUUAUAUGCUUGUUCAAUGAGAAAAACGGAAUAUUGAAAAACAUUCAUUAAUGGCU